GCAAAACUUGACAACGCCGCAGAUAGCGUGUCCAAACUGAACAUAACCCGUCAUAAAUAAUUGAAAAUUAACAACAGAGACAGGCAUUUGUCUCUGUCAGAGACAAGUUUCUGUUAACAAACAAAAUAUUAUUCCAGCGACAAACUAAUCGAAACUGGCACUUAUUAGCCAUGUCCGAAGCUCUAGAUGCACCUGGCUGCAGUUUCAGCUUCAAGAAGCGCAACGUUAAAAGUAAAGCGGUGCGAAAACGACAACAAUCUACUUCCGGAGAAGAAGAGAACCAGAGUGGCAGCGAAGAUGAGGAGCAGCCCGCAGUUGUGCGGCGCAUGAAACGAAAAGCCAAAAUCAACCCCAACAUUCAACGCACUGGUAAACAGGAGAAGAGACAGAAAGCAGAUCAGGAAAUCGAUGGCUCUGGCUCAGAUAGCGACGAAGUCAUGGUCAGCUACAAAUCCAAUCGCUCAGCAAUGCCCUCCGGGCCGCAGGAUCAAGGAGCAACUGCUGUUUUGGAAAUUGAAACGGAAAAAGACAGGGACGCCCAGGCGAUUUUCGAAAAACGACUCGAAGUGAACAAGGAACUGGAAGGAAAAGAGGAUGAUAAAGUGUACAGGGGACUGAAUAAUUACCAUCAGUACUUCAAGCCUAAAGAUACGGCAGCAGGAAAUGCCAGUUCAGGAAUGGUUCGGAAAGGUCCAAUUCGAGCACCUGAAAAUCUGAGAGCCACAGUAAGAUGGGAUUAUCAACCGGAUAUUUGUAAAGACUACAAGGAAACUGGGUUUUGCGGGUUUGGCGAUAGUUGCAAAUUUUUGCACGAUAGAAGCGACUACAAGCAUGGCUGGCAGCUGGAACGCGAGUGGGAAGAAGGACGCUAUGGGGCUGAUAGUGAUGACGACGCGAAAUACGAAAUAAAUUUCGACGAAGAAGAGUUGCCAUUCAAAUGCGUGAUUUGUAGGGCUAGUUUCGUAAACCCCGUCGUCACCAGAUGCAAACACUAUUUUUGCGAAAAGUGCGCCUUGGAAAGAUACAAGAAGACUAUGAGAUGUUUUGUGUGCAACGCCCAAGUAACCACAUUGAAUCCCGCCCGAAAUCUCAUCACCAAACUGAAGAACAUGGAAAAGGAACAGAAGCAAUCAGGGGAAGAUUCGGACUAAUCCGUUCAAUUGCGUAAAUAAUAAAAAAUAUAUAUUUUUAAUGUACCACAGAAGUUAUAGCUUCGGAUUAAGAUGCCACAAUUUUAAGGAUACUGCGAAGAGAAGUCGUACUCGAGCUCCAAAAUCGCACUGUCAGUCUCUUCUGGCACGGGGCAUUUUUGAUGCAUCCUGCAAAAAUCUAAUUGUUUAUUGGGGCCCGAUUUCGGGGAAUAAAUAGUACCUCUUAA